AAAUUUGUCGACCUAUUCAGUCGAGAGUUCGAUUAUAAAUUAGUCAGUUUUAACAAAGCUUUUAUCGGGCACACUACUGAACUGUCAACAAUCGUCUGAUGAAUUUGAUCUUCGGAACUUUGGAACGUUCACUUGUCUCCUGCUACCCCGAGAGUGUUGGUUCGUUGGAUUUUGAUUGAUUCGUCUAAUACGUGUCUUUGUUGGACUACAAGUUUAUUUUUGAAGAGUGUUGCUGCAUUAGUGCGUUAAUUCAGUUACAACCAUAUCCAGUAUUCUACAAUCAACAAUGGAUCAAAUGUUUAACCACUUUACAUCAACAUCCAAUGGAAACAGAUUUUCGCUGGAUUUGGAAGAUGGGAUGAGACCACUUCUCACAGGUCAAACGUUUUUAGAUCAUUAUCAUGAUGGAAAAACUGUGGUCAUUCCGGAUUCAUUUUUACCACCCGGUUGGAGUAAACAUGCAUACAGGAAUUUCGGCGCCUGGCUAACCUUUUUGCUCACGCCGGAUGGAUACAGGAUAGAAACCUACGAUGAACUUGAUAAUUAUUACUAUGUCAAAUUUCGUAAAACAAGGCCUACGACACUGGAUUUUUCUCUUGAUGAGGAACUGAUUCCACAGCUUAUUUACAGACAAGAGCACCUAAUGCCAGUUGAACUUUUUCAAUACUGGGAGAUGCAGUACAUCCCGACAGAAAAGGCAAUGCUUAUUUCAAAUAGUCAAGACAGAAAUGAUGACGCAUCGUGUUCACAUUGGCCCAUUUCUUAUCCGAGUUCAGGCAUAUGCGGUAGUAAAAUUAGACAGAUUUAAUUUUUGUUAAUUAAUUUUUUCAGUUAAAUGACUUAGAAGAAGCUUUUUGAUUAUUUCAGGUGUGGAAAAUGUCUCAAAGAAUACAUCUCCUUCUUGGGUUUGUCUUUCAACCAUUUGUUUAUUAUUGUUUAUUUAUUACUUUGUUCUUUUCAUGCCCAUUUUAAAAUUUGUUUUGAAGAAAAGCUGUGUGAAUAAUUUAUAAAAAAUGAAAAAGUUUAUUUACAGGGAAAAGUACAAAUAAUCAUUCGAUACACAGUAUAAACAGCACAGUCAUUUGACAUUUUCAUAUUGAGCAGUAUGAAUAUAGUCGAAGUCUAAAACUUAAUAAUGAAGAAUAACAUUUUAAAGAACUUUUUGUUCCUUAGAAAAGGAUAAAUGAAAUAUACAAAGGAAUUUAUUGUUGAGAUUUCAAAGUAUUGCCUAUCUCAUUUGUUUUGCUGCUCAAAAAAUUAACACAAAUGUAAUUAAUUAAAGCUUGUCAUUGGUUUUGUUAAUGAUCAUUUUGAUUACCAGAAUGGAUAAUUUUUAAUUUAAACAAUUCUAUUUUGUCAUACUCUUAGUCGGCAGAUUUCUUCGUACAGUAGUUGUGAAGUAAUUAAUACAACAGGGAACAUUUUCAGCAUGCCAAUGACAACAAAAUUAAUUUCCCUUAUCCAGCUCUCUUAGUUAUAAUUUGAGCAAUUAGUUUUUGUAGGU